AUGGCAACGAGCGCAGUAUCUGAUACAGGUUGGCUCCAGUCUUCAUCGGCAGUCUCUGGGAGUAUUUCCCCGCAGAAGAAGGGCCGAAGUCGGCAAUCUGGUACACCAUGGACUCGUUCAGGCUGCCUUACAUGCAAAAAGCGCCGCAAAGGUUGCGACAAGGCGAAACCCAGCUGCAAUAAUUGCCUCAAACAAGGUCGAACUUGUGAGGGGUAUGGUGAUCUUUGGGUGGCGCCGCUAAGUCCCUCGGCUCAAGUUUUCAAGGAGACCGAAGGCCGCAAACGACGUCUUAUUAGCUUUUCCCCCUCUAACCCAUCCUCACCAUCGGCACUGGUUGUCUCAGACCUAUGGUGUGAUUCAGGAGCAUCUUCCGCUCCAAUCACCCCAGGUCGGUCGGUUCCGUCCUCUCCGCAAUGCCGAGUGGCCGACAUUGAAUCAGAGGACUUGAUUCUAGACCAUACCUCACAAAAGCAGUUUCCAAAACAUGACACCAGAACCCAAGAUGAGCUUUCACUCGUUCCGCGACCCAGUAGAGCUGUCAGUCAUUUGUCUGGCCAUGAAUCACAUUAUCUUCAAUACCAUAUGGAAUUUGGUUCUCGACUUCUCGCGAACUUGGAAAGCGAGGACAAUCCUCUCCGCUCAUUCCUUAUCCCCCGAGCAAUGUCUUCUCCGCUGCUUAUGAAAGCUGUAUGCGCCGUUUCUGCCUUACAUCUGGCAAACCGCUCCCAUGGCUUUGAGGCACAAAAUUCCGCGGUAGACUUUUAUGGUCGAACGUUAGGAGGGCUUCGAGAGGCACUUGCAGAUCACUCAAAGCACGUACUUCCAGAUGACGCCAUGCUAGCCGUGGGCUUGAUGUGCAAGUACGAAAUCGUUCGAGGCAGUGUCAAGCAAUGGGUCGUACAUUUGUCUGCACUACAGCGCCUGAUUGCUUCUCGCGGUGGGUUGGGGUCCAUGGAGCGAAAUGCAGCGCAAUUUCUGCGAGGACUAUACGUAUAUGCCUAUAACAUGGCCCGAAUUAGCAACCGGAAACACAUCUCUUACGCCGACCCAGCAGAUACUGACAUUGGCACGCCAGUAAUGGAUAUCUAUAUUGGUUACACCGAAGAAUUAUUGAAACUCUGUGCACGGAUUUCCGAGCUACCAUCCCUAGAGGGAGAUGUUUUUGCUCUCCGCUUAGCCGUAGCAUCUAUAAACGACUCUCUCCUAUCCUGGUCCUCGAGCUCUAUAGAUUGCAUAAUCCCUCAAAACUUGACUACUGAGACUCUGACCCGUCUGCAGUUGGUUGCUGAGUGCUUCCGCGAUGCCGGUGUUAUAUAUCUGCAUUCUAUGCUAAAGCAUAUGGGUAUAGCAUCUACCAUGGACGACCUCGAGGAUAUUACACCUGGCCCGUCCAAAAUUUCUUCCUUGAUUUCGACCCCCAAAUCAACUGCCAUCCAUCGAUUGCUCUCUCGCGUGCAAAAAUUUCCUCUGGACGAUCAUUGCGAGUUCUCUGCACUUACGUUUCCACUUUUUAUUGCGGGUAGCGAGAGCGAUGUUUUCGCCCACAGAGAUCUUGUUCUGCAGUCACUUGAUAAACUACAGCAGAAUUUUGGAAUCGGAAAUGUUCCGCGGGCCAAAGACGUACUCAGGAUUCUGUGGGCGAGACAAGAUGCUGAAGUCCAGGAUACAUCUGGAUCCGCUCGUGGCGGAUCCAAGGUACACUGGUUGGAUAUAUUGGAGGAGCUGCAGUGGGAAUUGAUUCUUGCAUAG